AUGGCGACACCAGAAACAAGGCAGCGACCAAACAUCCUCAUCACUGGAUCUCCCGGCACAGGAAAAACGACUUUGGCUGCACAAGUUGCAGAAAAACUCGGCUAUGAUUUUAUUAACGUUAGCGAAGAAGUGAAAAAUCAUCGUUUGUAUUCGGAAUUCGACGAAGAGUAUCAAAGUCAUGUUCUCGAUGAAGAUAAGUUAUUGGAUCAUAUAGAGGAUCGAAUGAAUAGUGAUCACGGCGGAGUAGUCGUCGAGUAUCAUGGUUGCGACUUUUUUCCGGAAAGAUGGUUUGAUUUUGUCAUCGUGCUUCGUUGCGAUAAUACACUCCUUUAUGACAGACUAGCAGCACGCGGAUAUCCCGAUCGUAAAAUUCGUGAGAAUAUCGAAUGCGAAAUUUUUGGAUCACUUACGGAAGAAGCACGAGAAUCUUACCCAGCAGAGAGAAUACACGAACUAGUGUCUGAGACAGUUGAGCAGAUGGAUUCCAAUGUCGAUCAAAUAUAUCAAAUGGCUUCUGGGUGGAAAAAA